AUGUCCGGAUACUUAGAGAUAAAGUAUCCUUUCAAAUCUAAUCUGGGCCUAAAUCCAUUUAAGUCCUGGAAAAGACAAUGGUGUAUUUUGAGGCCGAGUCCAACGCAUGCAGGAGCAUCGUUAGCUGUGUAUUGCAGCGAAGCAGGUGCUUCGGCUGGAUCUGUUGAGCUACCAUUGGGCAGCGUGGUGAAAAGGGCGAAGUCUCGCACGCGGCCGUUUGCUUUCGCGGUGUUUUCUGUUGAUGAUCCAAGAAAACCACGCAUAUUGCUUGCAGCUCAAUCUCUAAAUGAUACACAAACUUGGAUGGAAAAAAUCCGCGCUUUAAUAAAUGGCAGCAAAAUAUUAGACUCAGAGCCAUUGAUCAAAGACUCGUAUUCAGUCAGCGUGAUAUCGACGGAGCUGUCACGCAAGUGCGGCUUGUCCAGUGACACGGUAGUUACAUUGUCAACUGGUGGCGUCAUAGUGGCGCGUGCGCAGCUAGCCGCCUUCCUCGAAUGGAAAUACAUCACCGAUGUGCGCCUCACCGAUGAUGAUAAAACCAGAACGUGUGUGGACGAACAUUCAGGUAAGCGACCUCGACCUCUUACUCUCGAGUCUAACGACCAGUCUAAGUCUCGUUUCCCAUUAAAGACUCGCCAUGUCACUUAUCCUAGCUUCCUUAUUCUAUCUCCUAACCUUGCCCCAAUAAGUGUUAACAAUACAUUCAUAGCAAGGAUGGAUGACGUCAGGCAUCCAACAUCUAAAGAAUCCAACAUAAACCAACCAAGAAUAAAAUUGGGAAAAGAGCGGGAAGACGGCGAUAUUGCGUGUCAGUGA